CAGCCUAUCGAUAAGGUUCAGUUAGCCAAGGUGGAGGAUGGGAACAGAAUGGAGCUGUCCCAGCUACUCAAUGAGAUCAGGGCACACUAUGAAAAGCUCCUCACCAGAAAUCAGAUAGAGACCGUGCUCUCAACAAGGAUCCAGCUAGAAGAAGAUAUAAGCAAAAAAAUGGACAAAGAUGAAGAGGCUUUAAAGGCUGCUCAAGCAGAACUCAAGGAAGCCCGUCGCCAGUGGUACCACCUGCAAGUGGAAAUUGAAUCUCUCCAUGCUGUGGAAAGGGGCCUUGAACACUCCCUACACGCCAGCGAGCAACAUUACCAGACGCAACUGCAAGACUUAGAGGCCGUGAUUGAAAGACUAGAAAAAGAGCUACAGGAAGUAAGGCGUGGCAUCGAAAAGCAGCUUCAAGAGCAUGAGAUGCUUCUCAACACAAAGAUGAGGCUAGAACAAGAAAUAGCAACUUAUCGCCGCCUCCUAGAAAAGGAAGAAAUCAGAUAUUAUGGUUGUAUCCAAGGUGAGAAAAAAGAAGAAAAACCUACCACAAGUAGAGUUGGUUUUGUUUUACCUUCAGCCAUUAUAAAUGAAAUAUCUUUUUCAACGAAAGUCCCACAAAAGUAUGAGAAUGAAAAAGUGGAAACAGUGACCAAACAGGCAAUAUUAAAUGGAAAUAUCGUGAAGGAAAGCACUGAAGCUCAUGGCACUAUUCAGACAGAGAAAGUGGAUGAAGUUAUCAAAGAAUGGGAAGGUUCCUUCUUUAAAGAUAACCCUCGCUUAAGGAAAAAAUCUGUUUCUCUUCGAUUUGACCUUCAUUUAGCAGCCACCGACGAAGGGUGUUUACAGACUAAGCAGGAUAAUCUGCCAGACAUAGAAGUCAGGCUUAUCAUGAGAAGAUCAUGCAGUAUCCCCUCUAUCAAACCUCCAUCAGCAGCUAACUAACCCAAAGACAGGAUGUGACUUGAUUUGAAAAUGACAUUGGGAUAGACCAAGGUGGGCCAUGCUGACUGCCUUCUGUCCCAAAAUGUAAGUUAUUAAGUACAUGUGUUAUGAUCUAUGUGUGAUUCUCUUCAGAAAAAAGAAAAGUAAAGGACAAAAUUUCUCUGAACCUAAUUAUGGGUAUAUUUUUUGGAGAGGGGAAGCUUAAAAAUAAAAUCAGAAAUUCAGUAGAGUUUCUAUUUUAUUCAUUCUUCAAAUAGUCUUCUUUUUCCCUGGAAAUUUUAUCAGAGAUUAUACACAUGAAGAUGGCUUAGCAAAGUCUUUGAAAUUUCACUCUAUGGCUGAAUACUCUAAGGAAAAGGGAAGUUUGUUUAAAUAUGAUUGUAUUAUCUUAAGAAUCAUACUGAGUUAUUCAUCAUUAUCUGAUGACCGGUUCUAUCUCAAAAGAUUUUUCUACUUAAAAAAGAAAGCAAUUAGAAACAAACUUUUAAAUAGGACUCACUAUUUACUUAACCAAAAUUUUUCCUUUGAGACAAUCAUUGGCACACUUAGAAAAAUAAGUUUCCACGAGCAGUUCUGAGCAAACUAUAGAGUAUGCCCCAGGGCUAAUUGACGAUUGAGUUAAUCUUCAUCUGAAAGUUUUUGUAAUCAUUAUCUGACUUCCAGAAGAGUUUACUUUAUUCAAAGAAGUUUCAAUGUUGUGUCCUCCCCCACAGAAAAUCAGAAGGCCAGCUGCACACACAAAACAAGAAAUUACUACAAUUACUAAAACAGAGCUAUCUCACCUCUCACCAUCCCAACUUUCCCAUCUGUAAAGUUCAAUGUGAUUAAUUUGAGUAUUUGAUGUGAGCAUUAGAUAAGAUAUUCUAUAAAGUAUUACAAAUAUUUCUUGCAAUCAUUUGUGUGAAUUAAGAUAACAGUAUUGUUGUCCAAGCUAAGAGUAUUUGCAAGAUUUAUGUUUUUAAAUUGUUCAAACUGUAAUAAAUAUGGACAGAAAAUAUAUUUGUGAAUAAGUAUUGUUGCAAAGAUUUUUAAACAACCUAAUUUGUUUAAUACAGGUAGAUUUAUUUUAAGACCUUAAAUAAUAAAUACCUGUUUUAAAACAUUAGAAAUUUAUAAGCUAUUAAUUUUUUUCUAAGCAGAAAAAAUGUUGAGUACAACUCACCAUACUUUUUUUCCAAGCUAAAGGGCUACAGCUAUGUUAACAUUUCAGUACAGCCUUUGCCCCCAAUCUCUCUCUCUCCUUUAUUUCAACCAGAAGAAAACUGCAUAUUUUAACUAGAAGAAAAUUAUGUUAAGUAAUCUUUAACAUAAUACAGGGAUAUAAAAUUUUAGAUUUUCUUUCAAUUACUUCAGAUUCCUUUUAGCUUGGCUUUUUCUAUUUAGUGAAAGGGAUGAUUUUGUUCUGUCAAGGAUAUAGCAGCAUGCUAAGUGCUUAGACUUGCAUAAGCAUCUGACCUAAAAUACAUCCUCUGUGUAAAAGUGUUUUCAUUCAAUAUUAGUUAAAUGCUACUAACUUUAUUAAAGCUUUGAAAAGUGCAAUCAUAUAAGCUACUGUACUAAAGUUACUGUAGGAAGCAACAGUAAUCAUAAUAAAACAAUGUAUCUAGUGUAAUCUUUAUGCAGUGUUAAAAACCUAGUGCUGGGCAUCAUGAAUGUACCUGCUUGUUAAGUAAUUCCACUAUGCAGCUAUUGUGUGCAUACCAUGUACAUUUUAAAAUACUGUUCUUGAAUUUAUAACAGUUUUCUUUGCUUUGGGACAUUUUAAAUGGGGAUAUGAAUUUACCAAA